AUGUGGUGGUCAAUCAUCGGCCUCGGCGGCAGCUGCUUCGUGACCUCGACGGAUAAGAAGACGGCCCUCAAGAGCCACCAGGUCUGGGCGGGCGGCGAGCUGCGCGCCCUGUGCCAGCACGACAGCGAGGCCGUCCUGCGCUGCCGCGGCCUCGAGGAGGUGCACCCGGGCGUCCACGCCCUCCGGCUCGAGUACGCGCCCCUCGGCGACGUGCGCAGCUUCGUCAGGGGCCGCGGGGGAGGGGCCGCCGCGCCGCGCCCCGAGGAGGGCGUCCGGCUCCGCAUGGCCCUCGACGUCGCCCUCGGCCUGAGCCACGUCCACGAGAGGGGCGUGCAGCACUGCGACCUCACCUGCCGCAACCUGUUCCUGUUCGACGACUACCGCCUCAAGAUCGGAGACUUUGGCGGCUCCCUGAUCCGCGGGCGCGACGAGUUCGAGUCCGUCAUAUUCGAGGAGUCCAGCUACGAGCUCCCGCUCCGUGGGAGAGACUUCUACGGCCGGCCGGCCCGGAAGCGAGAGCUCUUCGCGCUCGGCUCUGCCAUCUACGAGCUGAUGGCGUGGGCCCCGCCGUACGACGGACUGGAGGACGAUGAGAUUGAGACAAAAUAUGCCAUGGAGGCAUUCCCCCCUCUAGAAGGUAUGACAGCCGGCCACAUCAUCCAUAUGUGCUGGGACGAGAGCUACGAGAGUUCAGAAGACGUAGUGGAUGCGCUGAAGGAAACCAUCGCUUCACGACACGAGGUAAAGCCAGUGCAUGGUGCUCAACAAGUGACUUUGACAUAG